AUGUCUUCCAAUCGAACAAUCGAAAUGUUAAGACCAGUUAUGAAAGAUUUCGACAGCAUUGUGUUACCGUACUGGUACAAAUUUGAACAACCACAUCCAUAUUAUCAAUAUGCCAUAGGUUUGUUCAUAGCGGUUGUUGGGAUAACUGGUGUGUGCCUUAAUUUAUUAGUCAUUAUAUUUUUUACGAUGUUUAAAUCUCUUCGAACACCUUCUAAUAUUCUUGUUGUAAAUUUAGCAAUAUCAGAUUUUGGAUUUUCAGCAGUUAUUGGUUUUCCUUUAAAAACUAUGGCAGCAUUUAAUAACUUUUGGCCAUGGGGUAAAAUAGCGUGUGAUAUUUAUGGGUUAGCUGGUGGACUUUUUGGAUUUGUUUCCUUAUCAACGAUAGCUGCUGUUGCACUGGAUCGCUACUUAGUUAUUGCAACUCCUUUUGAAAGUGUAUUUCAAACAACCCCUAGACGUACAUUAUUGUUAAUGUUAUUUUUAUGGGUGUGGUCUCUUAUCUGGACGAUUCCACCACUUUUCGGAUUUGGACGUUAUGUGACAGAAGGGUAUCAAACAUCAUGCACUAUGGAUUACAUAUCUACUGACCUUAACAAUAGAUUAUUCAACAUUGGACUAUUUGGUUUCGGUUUUUUAUGUCCUUUAUUUUUAUCACUAUUCUGUUACGCCAGAAUUAUUCUCAUUGUAAGAAGUCGAGGUAAAGAUUUUAUAGAAAUGGCAGCAAGUUCCAAAGGUACUAAUCAAAAGGAAAAAAGUGCCAAUGUAUCGUCUACAAAAUCAGAUACUUUUGUUUUAAAGUCAUCAGCUAUACUGUUAGGCGUUUAUUUAUUAUGUUGGACCCCAUAUUCAGUUGUUUGUCUAAUGGCCCUUAUUGGUUACGCAGAUUACAUAACACCACUAAUGGUUGAGUUACCAUGUUUAUGCGCAAAAACAGCAGCCAUAUGGGAUCCAUGUAUUUAUGCUUUCAGAUACCCGAAGUUUCGAGUACUAUUUCAACGUCGAUUCGGAUUCCUAAGAUCAACCAAAAAUAGGACUGAUCAGUCCUCUAAAGGAGAACUCUCAACAGUAUGUCAAAUUGAAGAAUAGAAGACUUUUUACAAUCAUGGAUAAAAUAGAAGUUAACCACAGUUUCAUGUGCCUCAAUUUUGUUCUCAUAUCAUCGUAACUACUGAUUAGAUAUUAUGUAACUAUCUAGAUUUACAUUUACAGUUGGAAGAACCAUAUUUGUUACCAUUUUUCUAAUUUGUAAAAUAGCAGUUGGG